GAUGCAAUAAAAUGAGGUUGACUUUACGGUGAUUUUUUUUUAUAAAAAAAUAAUAACAGUAUUGAUCAAAUAAUAAUAAUAAUAAUAAUAAUGACAGUAAAUAAUUCAUGCAAGAACAGUGCAGCGACUCGGACGGGCCGCUGAAUAGUAAUUGGAGAUCGAAGAAGAUGAUAGAGAACGAGUUGACUCACCAAAAGGAAAGAAACAGAAAUCCAUUCCGAACAAAUUUAUAUAACCUAAGUGUUUAAUCUCAGGGGAAGCAAAUUAAAUUUGGGGAAAGACUCGUUUUCUCAUCUUUAAAAAAUGGGGGGAAAUGAUGUAACCGGCGGGAACAAUAGCGGCAGGUAUAUUGUGAUUGAUUUUGUAGUAGUUGCAAAUUACAAAUGAAAGCAAAGCUUAUAGAAGAAGGUAAAAAAAGGGCAGAUGAAUUGAAUACAGAAGAAAGAGGAGAGAAAUAGUCAAGUGUCAACCAGCUAGUCAACACGUUACGUUUCCGUAUACAUUUCUCUGUUUCCACCUUCAACAAAAGCAAGUAAAUAUAGUUUCUGACUUUCCAUGACCAAAUCCAAGGAUUUCUUUCUAAAUCUAAUCAAACCUUUUAUCUCAAGCAAAGACAGGCGGAGUAGAGAUGACUUGGAGAAAAUAGCUCAACAAGAGCAAAAGCAUUUCCCUUUCGAGAUUUUAGUUGCUGCUACCAAAGAUUUCCACCCACAUCAGAAGCUGGGUGAAGGAGGUUUUGGACCUGUCUACAGGGGGAAACUAGAUGAUGGAAGAGAAGUUGCAGUGAAGAAGCUAUCUCAUAGCUCAAGACAGGGUAAAAAGGAGUUUGAGAAUGAGGCUAGGUUGCUAGCUCGUGUUCAGCAUCGCAAUGUUGUGAAUCUUCUAGGUUACUGUGUACAUGGAGCAGAAAAGCUUUUGGUAUAUGAGUACGUCACUAAUGAGAGUCUAGACAAGCUUCUUUUCAAAUCAAAUAGAAAAACAGAGCUUGAUUGGAAGCGGAGGUAUGAAAUAAUUUCAGGUGUUGCACGGGGUUUGCUCUACCUUCAUGAAGACUCGCACAAUCGCAUCAUUCACCGGGAUAUCAAAGCAGGUAACAUAUUACUUGAUGAUAAAUGGGUCCCCAAAAUUGCUGAUUUUGGCAUGGCUCGCCUCUUCCCCGAGGAUCAAACACAUGUCAACACCCGUGUAGCUGGCACAAAUGGAUAUAUGGCACCGGAGUAUGUGAUGAACGGACGUCUUUCAGUGAAGGCAGAUGUGUUCAGCUUUGGGGUUGUGGUUCUGGAGCUGAUAAGUGGCCAGAGAAACUCAUCCUUCAACUUAGAUGUGGAUGCUCAUAGUCUGCUUGAAUGGGCAUAUAAGCUUUACAAGAAAGGUAAAAGCUUGGAGUUCAUGGACCCUGUCUUAGCCUCAUCAGCAGUCCCUGAACAAGUAGCUAUGUGCAUCCAGAUAGGGUUACUGUGCACGCAAGGCGAUCCGCAAUUACGACCUGACAUGCGCCGUGUAGUUAUUUUGCUGUCAAAGAGACCUGGCAGUCUAGAAGAGCCAACAAGACCCGGAGUUCCGGGUGCUCGACACCGAAGAUCCCACAGGGCUCCUGGGUUCUCAUCCACUGCCGGAACAUCGGGUGUUUCGGAUUCCCAUUCAUCUGAAUCAUCAUUUAAUACUUAUACUGCUUCUGCAUCUGCUUCGACAUCAGCUCUUGCAAGCUCCUUGAAAUCAGAUCGGCAUGGGAAGCGCCCAAUUCAGAGUUAAAAGUUUUUGCAGCAGAUUUUGGGCUCUAUUUAUUCUUUGUAUAUUAUAGAUGGGUUAAUAAUUUUUGUAGGUAAAUGUUAAUGGAGGAUUAGUUGGCAAAAGUAAGGGUGUAUAGUUUUGUUACUAGGUGUGUGUGUGUGUGUUUUUUUUUCUUUUCAAGUUUAAUAUUUUAGAAGUACAAACCAUGCACGUCUGUAAGUAAUUUUUUCUUCUGAGAAAAAAAAGCAUAACAUACAAGAACUAUGAUUCUUUUAAAGUUUAUUACAUAAAAUUUAUUCUUUCUUUUUCUAAAUAA